GGGCCAAAUUAUCUGAUGACGAGGAAGGCCCUUGAGGACAGUUCUGUUUGGCUUGAUUUCUUGAGCGAUAGAUAUUGGGAGUGCGGCCAUAUAAGGACCGUCACGUCCGGGCACUGGGGCAACUCGUACCAACCUCGCAAAACAGUCAUGAAGUGCAGCGUGUGCCUCCUGGUUCUGUGCUCUCUCGCACUCUUUGUUUCCGCCGAGGAAGCACACGAAGCCCCGGCAGCCCCGACUCCGACUCAGAGUCCCUACUGCCACCUCGACGACACAGCUUUGACUGCCCUAACACAAUGUGUUGGCGCACAAGUGAGCGAAGGGCUGAGAGCUAAACUCCACGAUGUCACCACCCGCCUGAGCUGUGAAAACACGGUGUGCACAUUGAAGAAGCUGUGCGAGCAGGAACCAUUAAGCACUGUCAGCGUCUUCACCGCCGAAGAAAAGCUUGAAUUCCGAACUCUCGCCGCUGGAUGCCACAGCCAUACUACUGCCCACCCUGAAGAGGCCCACCAUGAAGCAGCGUAGGCGUUCUACGCAACCAUUUAUCUACAAGACCAGCAACAUAACCCAUUAUUUCAAAUAAACAAGGCUGCUGCUACCCGAAACGUU